UUGCAGAUUCCUCGCUAUGCCUCCACCACCUGUGCGAGUUCGAGCCGAUCGUCGUGUUCAGGGGUUUAUGGCCCUACUUUCAACAGCAAUAGGAACGAAAAUGAUAAUAGGAAUCAACUUUUGAUCGCAGAUGGAGAUGACCCAGUACAUGCAGAUUAUAUGUCAUCUAUGGUUUGCCAUCCGCCGCUGAAAAGUAUUGGUCAAGGCCGACAUAAUACUUAUUUGUUGGAAGGAUUGCCGGAAUACGACGAGAUACUGAAUCUUCCCGGUCUCAAAGAAAGUCCUGAUUUGAUGAAGAGACUUGAUGAGUUGUGUCUCAAACCCAGAUCAAACAGUAAAACAUCUUGUAAAUCGUCUUCAGAAUCUGUGAAACUUCCUGAUUUGAACGAAAUCUACAAAAGCCGGUCGGGUUGUGUGUCCCAAUGUUCACAAGCGUCAGCGUGCGCGCAUGCGAUGGCUCCUCUAGAUGAAGAGCUCUUACCAAUUCCAUCGGACUCGCUUCUUGAAGCGUUAUCUCUUGUGCUUCUUUCUAUACCUUCAUCCCGUCGUCGUAAACUUCAUUACUUAAUACGAUUCAUGAACAAAAUCGCAGCCAAUCACUGUCUACAGCUUGAUGCAAUGCAUUCUAAUCGGGAAGCGGUGCUAAAAGGUUUAUCCAGAUGCAUAGUAUCGCUCCGAGGAUCUCCUUUGAUUACUGCUCCACAACGUACUCGCCUGGUGUCGAUCCUGCUUGAUUACGAAAAGAAGGUUUUUGGUGUCCCGAAAGGUCUGGUUUCAGAAGUUGAGGAGGCUAUUCGAGAACGCCAACGAGAGAAGGUUAGUUAA